UGUGUCGGACGGAGGAGGGAGGGACGCCGGGUUUAGAGUAUUGAUGUUCCCAGGCAAGCAGCGCGCCUCAGUCACACCUUUCCCACCUUUGCACAGAGGAAUUAAAAGCUCUGUUCCCUCCUCCCCUUCGUCCCUCCCGGGAAAUAACCAGCUACGAGACUUUCUCCAGACCUUUACCCGGUCAACCUGCCGCUUUAUUUGCCGCUCUCUACGGCCACGCGUCACCGCCGCCACCCGGAGUCGAGGCGCAGCUGCGACGGUGGAUGUUGAUUAAUUUUUCACCGUCUUUCCGAAACAGAAAUCUGAGAAGUAGAUGGUGUGAAAGUGGCGUGUAACAGGAUUAUCUUCUGACGUCACCUUGAAGGAACCCAUAGCCAUCAGGCUGUAAGAUUACACGUUCUCUGAUGUCUUCUGCACUGUAAUAAUGCCUUUGAGGUUACAAUGUCUACGCUGAAGCACGUUAUUCUGCAGGACAAAGACCAGGACAAUGAGAAGGAACUGGACUGGAGUUACAUCAAUGAAUGGGCUCAGAAUGAGAAUGAAGUUGUCACAACAGGAUCGGUGGACGCGGAAACCCAAACGGACUCAGGGCCUUUCGAGCACAAGGAGUGUCAGACCAGCAGCCCCGUCAUAAUGCACUUAGAUCUCACCCGGAUGAACUCCAAACUGAGACACCUGUCGCUGGUGGAGACUGAGGCCCUGGUGGCACCUUUGUUCCAGUUUGACCGCCAGGCUCCUGGACGCAUCUCGACAUCUCCCACCUUGAGGAGGAUGAGGAGCUCCCGACGUCUUGUGAUUGAUACUCGAGAAUUAGGCAAGAUGGGGAGCACUCAGGAGGAGGCAUCCUCAUCAAGCUCCAUGUCCCCUGCACAGAGUGUCAAAUCUCCUUUAGCAACAAACGCCCCCUCUGAUGGAGAGAACUGUCAAGAAUCUUGGUUGGUUUCACCCUUUGGCCGACAGGAAACCAGAUCAUGUAGAUCAAAGACUCUUGAAAAUGGUAUUUCUUCCACAAAACAGGAUAGCCACAGUUCUCAGCCAACUCUAAUGAAAGCGUCUGAGUUUUCUGACGUAGAUUUGCAGGAGAGGGAACAAUGUCAUCGAAGGCUUCACGAGAGGAGGCGGAGCUCAGUGGUGGUCAGUUUACCUGGACUCGAUGUCUCACCAGGAGACCUGUUUGUGUCCAACGGAGCGGCAGACAUGAUCAAUGAUUCAAACCUUGCUGAUACAAAGAAAUCAAAGUGGCCCUUUUUGAGGCGCAGUACGACUAAAGGGAAGUUACAGGCAGGCACAUCUCUUUCAGAUAUUGAAAAAUACCUUUCGAUGAUGCAGAUUCAAGACUGGAGAAACGCUGUGUUUCAGAAAUAUAAGGACUUUUCUCUUGCUCAGUUCCUCCAGGAUCAGCCCUCGCCCAUGGGCGUGACCUCUGACCCUCAGGGUCGAAAGAGACAAGAGGCCAUCUGGGAACUCUUCACCAGUGAAUGUGUUUACUUCCUGGAUCGGCUCAUGGUUCUCAAAGAGGUGUUUUCAGCCACACUCACGAACCUGCAGCAGAAUAACUGCCUCUCGGAAGUUGAUUCAUGGACCCUGUUUGCAAACCUGAAUGAGCUUUGCCUGGUCAGCUUUAGUUUCCUGAACAACCUCUUGCAUGUCAUCAAGAACAUGUUGAGUAUUUCUCAAGGGGCCGGACCAACCCUGCUGGAGCUGCUGAGCAAGGUUUUUCAGGAGAGCAUAUGUCACUGUCUGGAGAAGUACUGCCUCAACUACUCCACAGCGCUGCUUUAUCUACACAACCUGAUGCCCAGGGAGGACUUUGGAUCAUAUGUUAAGUGGUGUGAGAGGAACGAACAGUGCCGGAGGCUGCAGCUGCGCGACCUGUUGGUGGCACCUCUGCAGCGGCUGACCCGAUACCCGCUUUUGUUGAGGAAUAUCGCAAAGAGAUGCCAGAUGUGUGAGGAAAGCAGAGAGCUGCAGGUUAUAGCUGAGAAAGUAGAAACGUCUAUAUGUGAUUUGGAGGGGAAGGUUAAGUGGCUAGAUAACUACCAGAAGGUGAAACAGUUGAGAGACGCGCUUAUGUGGCUGCCGGUUUGGGAAAGAGACAAACGUGCCUUCAUCCCAGAGAGUCUGAAACAUCUCCUGAAGGCCGUCACUCUAGACAAUCUCAUCUCUCACCGAAGUCUGCUGCACGAAGGAAAGCUGGUGCUCACAGAGAACACAAAGCUCAUAGAUGUCUAUCUGUUCCUGUUUGAUGAAUUCCUGCUGAUCACAAAAAUAAAGAGAACAAAGAAGAGGUCCAUCGGUUCUGAGCAGAACCAUCUGAGGUUGCAGCAGAACCUGGAGCUGGAUCAGCUGCUGAAGGAGGGCUGCACCUUCAUGAUUCUCGAUCAGCCAAUCUCUCUGGAUCGUCUGCAGCUCAAGAACAUUGAUCAGCUAAAUGCCUCCACAUCGGGGCUGCCACAUUCUUUCAUCAUAAUGCACCACAACCGGUACCAACAGUGUAUCGGUGCGUUCAUCCUGCAAGCUCCAUCAGAAUCAGCUAAGAGGGAAUGGAUGGCAAAGAUGGAGGGCGCUGUGACGGCCCUGCUGAAGCUGGACUCUCAGCAGCCUCGAGUCAAGAGCACCUCAUCGUGGCUUGAGUCCUCCCAGAUCUGACCCCAUCCAGCAGCACUUGAAGCCACUGGAAAUGUCUCUGAUGUCAAUGUGCACCGACGGCUCCAACAUUAGGAUUCUUUUGUAAACUGUGUUUUGCCUUUUAAAGGCACCUGAUGCGUUAGUGUACAAUAAAUAUCUAAUUGUCA